GGUCGGGGUUGUGCAAGGCCGGGGGGUAAGCGGGUACCAGCCGGAGCAUGGCCUGGAGCUUAGUGCGCUGGGUGGAGUCUGUACUGCUCCACAGCACACGGCUAAUGUGGGAGAUUCUGCUGUGGUUGACACGGAGGUGCUACACAGGGAGGAUGGGGUCGUGCCAGAGGUGCCUUAAGCCCUGCUUCUACCUGGGAGAGGUGUAUCAGAUGACAGAGGGACGCCUCUGCCAGGUUCACCUGCUGGACAACAGGACACUGGAGCUGCUGGUUCAGCCAAAGCUGUUGUCGCGGGAACUCCUGGAUUUAGUCUCCUCCCACUUUAACUUGAAAGAGAAGGAAUACUUCGGCUUCACUUUUGUUGAUGACAUUGGUCACUGUAAAUGGCUGCAGCUGGACCGCAGAGUUCUGGAACAUGACUUUUCCAAGAAGACUGGGCCGAUUGCCCUCAAUUUUCUGGUCAGAUUUUACAUAGAGAAUAUUUCUCUGCUGAAAGAGCACACGACGGUGGAGCUGUUCUUCCUCAAUGCGAAAGCUGCCAUUUAUAAUGGUGAUAUUGAGGUGGAGAGUGAGCUGGUGUUUAAACUGGCUGCACACGCUCUGCAGGAAGCUAAGGGGGAUUAUACAAGUGAUGACAACACCAGGACGGAUUUAAAGAAACUUCCCACUCUGCCAACCAAAGUCCUGAAGGAGCAUCCGUCUCUGGCUUACUGUGAGGAGAGAGUGAUUGAGCACUAUAAGCAGCUGAAGGGCGUCUCCAGGGGUCAGGCCAUUGUCCAGUAUUUGACCCUGGUGGAGUCACUGCCCACAUACGGAGUCCACUAUUAUGAAGUGAAGGAUAAGCAGGGUCUGCCCUGGUGGCUGGGAAUCAGCUAUAAGGGAAUUGGCCAGUACGACAUUCAGGACAAAGUGAAACCGAGAAGGCUGUUCCAGUGGAAGCAGCUGGAGAAUCUGUAUUUCCGGGAGAAGAAAUUUGCAGUUGAGGUGAACGACCCUCACAGGCGAGCGGUCACUAAGCGUACAUUUGGUCAGACGGGUUUGGUGAUCCACACCUGGUACGCCAGUCACUCUCUGAUAAAAACCAUCUGGGUCAUGGCCAUCAGCCAGCAUCAGUUCUACCUGGACCGCAAACAGAGCAAGGCAAAAAUAACUACAGCGAGAAGUUUGGGAGAUAUCGCUAUGGACCUGACGGAGAAUGGAGCAUCUAAAACAAGUAAACUCAACGUGGCGGUAAAAAAUCAGCUCAUUAUGGCCAGCAACGGCAGCCUGGUCUCUACAGGUUCAGCCGACUCUGAGAUUAACGAUGAGCAGAAAAAGGAGAAACUCUCUGAGCUGAGGAAAAAAGAGAGAGAAAUCCAGGAUGUCCUGAGUCAGAAAAUGGCAGAGCUAAAGAAGAUAUGCCUGAGGGAAGCGGAGCUAACAGGCAAACUGCCAAAAGAGUACCCAGUAACGGCAGGAGAGAAGCCCCCUGGCUUCAGGAGGAGGGUGGGGACCGCCUUCAAACUAGACGAGCUUUUUCCAUAUAAUGAGGACCCAUACCUGAGGAACCUGGAGAGUCGCUUUGCUCUGCAGCAGAAGAUUGUGGAGGCUGCGAAAAAGCUGGCGACCGAAUCUGACAUCAGUAAAACAGUGAAAAAGAAGCGGAGGAGGAACUGCCUGGAUGCCAUGCAGAGGCUGCAGGAGAUAGAGGACGAGAUGAACCGCUACCGAGUGAAGAAGGGAAAAAAACCCACACAGAGAGCAUCGCUCAUCAUCGCAGAUGAACUGGCUCCCUCAGAAUGCAGUUCCCUUUCUGACAGCCUGAAUCUGGAUGAUGAUGAUGACGGAGCCCAACGUCCACGCUCUCGCUCUGUUCAGUGUUCUCCGCUCCUCACUGCUGCUCAGCCCAGCUUGGACUACGAUCCAGACAGAAGAUCCUCAGAGAGCGACUCACACCAUGACAGAGCACUCAGCAGGCUGGAGUAUGAAGUACAGGGACCUGGACAUUACUACAGCCCACGCAAGGUUUCCUCAGCUGGCAGCAGUCCAUAUAAAACUGUCCCCCGGAGACAGGUUGAGAACCACAGCGACAGCCAGAGCCCCAUGACCCGCAACGCAUACAGCAGCAGCCAACUCGGCUCUGAGGGCCCUCUCAACGGUUUCCGGCACCGCAGUGGCAGCCUGGAGUCCCAAUCCCAGCUCCUCCACUAUCCUGGAUCAGACCGGGCCAUUUUCCCCGCAUCCCCGACCCGCCGCAGCAACAGCAGUGAAAUUCUGGACGACUGUUCAUCCUACACCAGCCUGUCCAGCCCGUGUCCAUCCACACCUCCGUACCGCACGCUGGACACCCGUACGCACGACUACCGGCAAAACCGCAAGGUUGAAAUUUACGGAAACACGGGCAGCAUGCCCAACCUGGUGCCCAACAGCUACAGCAGCACUUAUAACUACCACCCACAUACCCACUAUGGGCCCACCGCUUACUAUGUAGCCGGCUACCCCACUUCUGACUAUGAGCCUUACGCUAACGGUGCUUACAUGUACGAAAGUGAACUGGAAGGGCAUUAUAACGUCAACCCCUCGUACAAUGGGCAUGUUUACCAUGGCAACAGCCGCAACGGGCAUUAUGGGAUGGAGGGAAUGGAUGGCUUGUCUCAGAAUCCCUACGCCACGGUGAGACCGCCGCGGAGCCGGCAGGGGCCCAGAAAUGAACUCCUAGCUAAAAGCAUGCAGAAAGCUCUGGUGGUGGAGCACCUCAGAGGAUGGUACAACCGCAACACAGGGAACCGGGAACAUGGGGGGCGGAGCCUAUUGUGCAGCUAUGACUACGACAGAGGAUCCCAGCACAGCCUUGGAUACCAAACGCUGCCCGCUCCAUUCAGCCGGGCCAGCCGGGCUGACUCAUUCUCAUCAGUGUCCUCCACGGCGAGCGGAGGGGUGAGCUGGCACACUCCUGCAGCGGCGGGGCUGGCUGACAGUGAGCUGGAUGGAGAUGUGGCCCUGACCCCUCAGCCAACCUGUCCCGGAGGCUACAGCACUAACUACAACCUCAGCCCCUCACACGGCAGGUUCCAGGCUGAAUGCAGUCCAGCCAGACGCUCUGAUUCCCUCUCGAACCCCUCCGACUCUGUGGAGGUGUUCGGUGCGAUGGCCAGCUGCUCCGACUCAGACCAUUAGAGAGAAAGCACAAUGGGACAGUAUUUUUUAAUCGUCUCUCAGAGUCCAGGCGGAUGCUGAGGUGUUUUCUGUUUCCCAGACGGACCAAAACUAACAGAGGCACAAAACAACCCCGAUACGAAUGAUAAGCACCUGCUCUGAUGAAGCUGAAGCUGAAGCGGAUCUCAGAGUCUUUACUGUGCCUUGGAAAUGGAGUCAGUCAGCGGGUUUCUAACACGACAGCGGAAGCUUGAUUGAAAGGACUGAUAAAAUGAACUGAACCUUAAAGGUGGUUUUGGACCCAGCAGUGCUUACACAGUCAUGUAGUCUAAACACUGAACUAAGAGCUUCAGUUUCUCACUGAGAGCAGAUUAAAUCAGCCAGAGUCACAACUAGUGAAUGUCUACACGUAUAGUCUAGAGAUUUUGUGAGAAAUUAAAAAAUAACUAGCCAUAAUACAUUAAAUUGCCUUUUUUGUACUCCAUGUUUUAAUCCCAUAGCACUGUUUUUUUAUUAUAUUGAAUUUCCAUGAUUGCAUUACCAACAUCUGCCAUCUGCCACCUGUCAUCUACCAAAACCUAAAAAAAUUAUAAAUUCGUUUGUAAUCAAACUUCGAUAGUGACCGUUUCCAGAUGUUUUAAAUGCACCGGUAAGAUUAGAGUUGUUCUGCUGUGGACGAGGAGCCGUUCUCGUGCUCUGAUUGAUUUUCCCUUUUUUUUAAGCACAAACUGUGCUUUAGCAUAAUAAAAGUAGACUCAAAAACGCUAAAAAUGAGGAGAAAAUUAAUGUAGACUCCUCUAAUCGAGAAUGAAAAAGCAUGCAAAGUGCCAAUAUGAAAAGAAACCUCUUAACCCUUAGAAGUCUAGAGUUAUUACUGUUAUUAUUGCUGUACUAUUUAAGUGGGGAAAAUAUCUAAUUGCAAUUUUUCUGACCAAUAUUGCAAUUUAAAUUGAGAUUAUUUUUCUAUUAUUUUUUCUAUUAUUUCUUACUAUUUUGGCCAAGACGACCAGCACGUCCACUUUUUCUGGCUUGAGGCUUAAACACAGAACAUAGUGUACCAGACGGCCAGUUAGCUCUGGUCGUAAUGUCAUGGCCCACUUGCUUCUGAUUGGUCUCUGGCAGUUCACAAAAUCGAUUCUUUGGUAGACAAUGGUUCUAUAUAGAAUCAUGAACUCCCAAGGAUCU